GAAAACAUAUUCAUCUUUCGAUAAUUGAAAAGAAAUUAAAUUUUGAAUUACAAGGAUUUUUGUGAGCAUUUGACAAAAUUUUUUGUAAAAAUUAUUAUCUGAAACACAUUUAAUUUAUUGCAAAUUACAAAAAUGGCAAGUGAAAAUGUUGAAGAUUGGGAUCAACCUUUACCCACGCCCGAAGAAAGUACUGAAGAGGACACAGACGAUGAAGAGCUAACAUUUGAGAAACGUCAACAUAACAAAAAUCUUAAUAAACUUAAAAAAUAUGUUGAACAAAUGGCAUAUAGACCCAUAAAGCCUCCACAUGCUAGUCCUUAUACCGAAUUUUUGGCCAAACCUAAGAAGAGAAGUUUAGCGGAUAAUGCAAAACAAUUUUCAGAGAUGAUGGUACCAUUGGAAAGAGGUAAACGUCUGAAACGUUUAGCAGCCAAACAUGAUACAAUUACAGUGGAACAACUAGAACAAGCUAUACGCGCUCAAAAGUCCAAAGAGCGCCGCAAAGAAGAUGUUUUAAAACGCAAACAAGAAUUGUAUUACGAAAUGCUUACCAAACUAGAGUUACAAUGUCGCACCCAAUAUUUAAAUGUGGUCUUGAAAAAGUUUUCCAAUUUUCUAGCCAAAUUGGCAACAACAAUGCAUAUACCAGCAUCUCUAGUAGAACCUUAUGCUCGCAUGCAUCGCGGUAUAUUCUGUAAUAUUUUACAAUCCAUCGGUGUGGAACCACCAACACAAACAGCCAUUUAUUAUAACACUAAAGAGGGCACAGAAUAUGAAGUAUGUCAUAAAUUAUCACAUGCUAUACUUAGCCUUAUAAUUAAAGCAUUAGAUUCGGCUGCAACUCAUAAUUUAGAGGAAGAACAGCCUAUAGAAGCCGAUUUUAAAAUGGACAAUUAUAUAAAAGAACGUUUAAUGUGUGCAGCCGAAAAGAAAAUGCAGGGUAAUAAGCGUUGUAGAAGUAAAAAUCGUGUGGAACCGGAUUCUCUGGAUAAGAAAUUGGAGAAAUGUAAAUGUAACGUUUAAAUAGGCUGUUAGAAAUAUAAAAACACGCUUUAAUGCUCAGAAAGCAUUUUAAAAAUUUUCAUUUGAAAAUAGGAAUUUUUCACUUCAAAUUCCGAAAAGUGAAAUUUUUUAAUGAAUUUGAGGUUUUUUAUUUGAAAUUCAAAGAAAAAACGACUGUUUAAAGUGCUUGCAAUUGUUAAUAUUCGAAUUUCCAAUAAAAAACACGAUUUCAAAUAAAAUGUCUCCCUUCCAUUUUAAUUAGUUAAUUGAAUUAUGGCAAU